AUGCCGCAGGACGUCCGCCCGGCACCGAAUCGCAUGAACCUUGCGGUUAUGAAGCAGAAGCGAAAAGGUGCUCACCAGGGAUACCAACUGCUGAAGAAGAAAAGCGAUGCGCUGACGGCCAGAUUCCGAGGCAUGCUCAAGCAGAUCGUCCAGCUGAAGCAAGCAGUCGGCGCCGACAUGAGCACCGCGGCGUUCUCGCUCGCGAAGGCCACCUGGGCUGCUGGAGACUUCAAGUCGCAGCUUCUCGAGCGCGUGCGGCGACCCGCGACUUUCCUCAACGUCGCCGCGGACAACGUGGCUGGCGUCACGCUCCCCAUCUUUCACAUCGCCACAGAUCCCUCCGUCGACAUCCUGAAGAACGUCGGCGUCGCCUCAGGAGGGCAAGUCAUCAUGGCCGCUCGGGAGCAGUUCCUCAGGGUGUUCAGCGAGCUCGUCAAGCUUGCGUCACUUCAGACUGCGUUCUUCACGCUUGACGAGGAGAUCAAGAUGACGAACCGCCGUGUCAACGCGCUGAACAACGUCGUUCUCCCGCGUAUUGACGGCGGGAUCAACUAUAUCAUGAGGGAGCUGGACGAGAUGGAGCGCGAAGAAUUCUUCAGGCUCAAGAAAAUCCAGGAGAAGAAACGGAAAAGAAAGGAAGAGGACGACAAGCUCCUCAACCAGGGCGCUUCUGGAGGGGCUCCGAACGGCAGCUCGCCAGAGUCGCUUUUGAACGAGGAGGAUGACGAUUUGCUUUUCUAG